CUCUCAGAGAGCUGCACACUUCUCUGCCGAUAGACCCUGGUUGCCCUCACACUGGUGCACAACACAGGUGUGACUGCAUCUGACCUGUUAAUCAUCAGCGCGGUACAGACAUCAGUUUCAGUCUUUAUCUCAGACAUUUGACUUACACUUGGCUAUCUGCUUUUAUCUGCUUUGUGCAUCUUUGGCAGCUCCACUUUAGGAGCACUUUUGGACUUUCUGAUUCAGACCAGUUACAGAGCAGCACAUUUUUAAGUGUGCAUUGACAAAAAGCUAGAAAGAUGAAUUUUGAUGAAAUUCUCAGUCUUAUUGGAGGCUUUGGGAAGUUCCAGAAGAUCUUGUACGUAUGGAUCUGUCUACCUCAGAUCUUUCUAGCGUUCCACAUGCUGGUCUCUGUCUUCACUGGAGCUGUUCCUCCACAUUUAUGCCGCUCCUCGUGGCCCUCAGCGGGUGCUCCAGCCUCUUCAAACUUCAACUUCAGCCAUUUAUCUGCCCCUGGUGGUCAGCCUGACCUGUCCUGCUCUGUUCCAUUGAACCACAGCAUUGCUGUGUCUCUUGACAGUGGACACCCUACUGGGAGCUGCCAGGGCGGCUGGGAAUACAGCAAAGAGACCUUCCAAAGCACCAUAGUAACUGAGUGGGACCUGGUUUGUGACAGCGCCAGCCUGAACAACGUGGGCUCCUCCAUAUACAUGCUUGGCCUCCUAGUUGGAGCUGUUGUCUUUGGGAGCUUAGCUGAUAAGUACGGUCGCAGGAUAGUCAUUCUCUUGAACCUGGCUAUCCAGGUCAUCUUUGGGGUUGGUGCUGCUUUCGCCCCUAAUUUCUACGUCUACACUGCCCUUCGCUUUAUGAUUGGAACAUCCAUCUCUGGUGUCAUCAUGAAUGCCUUUGUCCUAGGCACAGAAUGGACAGGAUCUAAGCAGCGGAUGUUGGCUGGUAUAAUCACCGACUACUUUUUCGGCGUUGGCUACAUUCUGCUUGCCGGGGUGGCAUACCUCAUAAGAGACUGGCGUAAACUGCAGCUGGCUAUCUCAGCGCCUGGUUUCCUCUUCAUCUUUUACAUCUGGGUGUUGCCAAAGUCAGCCCGCUGGUUAAUGGCUAAUGACAGACAAGAGGAAGCAUGGGAACUGAUCCGGAAAGCAGCGCAGAUGAAUGGAAAGCCCCUCACCAAACAAUUAGAGAUCUGUCAGGUUUAUAAAAUUGAAGAGAAAACUGAGGAGAAGAAAAAAUACUCAUUCAUAGACCUUGUUCGAACCCCCAAAAUGAGGAAGCAUUCUCUGAUUGUUUUUUAUCUGUGGUUUGCCAAUGUGCUCGUGUACUACGGCCUGUCUCUCAACAUUUCUGACUUUGGAAUGAACAUCUAUCUGACCCACAUGAUCUUUGGCCUGGUGGAGAUGCCUGCACGCACCAUCACCCUGUUCACCCUCAACCGCUCCCGCAAGAUCUCCCAGCUGGCCUUCCUAGCUGUGGGUGGCACAGCCUGCCUGCUCACCAUCUUCAUCCCCAGUGACCUGUCUGUCAUUAAAACCGUGCUGGCCAUGAUUGGGAAGUUUGGGAUCACAGCCUCUCUUUCCAUUAUUUACGUGUACUCAGCGGAGGUGUUCCCCACUAUUAUCAGACAGAAUGGGAUCGGUAUUGGCUCCAUGUGCGCUCGGAUCGGAGGAGUCCUGGCUCCCAUGCUGUACCUUCUGAGGAGCAUGAGUCCGCACGCUCCCAUGGUGCUGUGUGGCCUCUGCCCUCUGCUGGGCUCUGUCCUCACCCUGCUGCUACCCGAGACAGCCAACAAGCCCCUGCCUGACACCAUCGAAGACGUAGAGGGAUCUGACCUCAGUGAGAACGGCGGUCUGAAGCAAGUCGUCUUUGAGAAGGACGUCGUCGGCAGCACCAGGAUUGACUGCUGAGAUGAGCUGCUACAUCUCAUGAGACAGUCACUACUUUUCAGGCCUUUUCCAAAGGCAAACGUCUAUGCUUCCAGGGGAAGUUAACAUGGGACUUUGUUUUUCAGAUUCUGAACACUACAGCAGUUUGUGUUGAAGUGUUUUUACUCUUUUUCACUAUAUUUUGUAUAAGUUUGUUUUUAUAUGUUGUCUUUGUAUUUGCAUGUUAAAUAUCAUCAUCUUAUAUUUUUUGUAAGUGGAAUGGAACAACUAAUAUUAAUACAAUUAAUAUUGUAAUAUUAAGAAUAAAAUGUACAGAGAAAAUUAACUCCAUAGUCUUGAACAAUGUAUGGGGUGCACCAUUGUGGGAAGGAUCCAAAACAAACAGGCACACCAGCUCUCACAGAUAAAUGUACUUAUUUAAUGUGGGGAUAAGGAACAGAAACACGUGUUUCAGCCACAAAGCAUCAUCAACAUGAUGAAAGAAGCAGGAAGCAGCACAGAAUCAAAUAUAGCCCACUUUAUACCUUUGUGUGUAUAUAUAUGCAAAUGACAAGGUGGUAUUUAUGCAUUACACACCCAGGCACGGUUGUACAGUCUCAAAGUAAAAUCUUCUAUCCAUGUGCAGGUAAAACUUGAGUCCUCAAGGAGCCAUUUUAGCUACAAACUGGUGCCAUUACAGAUGUAUAAGACCUGAUAAAAACACUAAUCUAAAGAGAGAGCUUCCUCCUCUUUCAGCUGUCGUAGCACCACAAGAAUUCCAGGUAAGGUGUUUUUAUACACAAUGCUUAUAAUUGAAGUAUAGUUUACAAGGGUAUGUUGCAGGUAUAGACUGUAUGAAAUAAUGGACAUAGCCACCAUGAUAUCACCCAUUGGUUUGUGGAAUCUUGUUUUGAAGCUUUGCCCUUUGGCCAUCGCCAUCUUAGAUUUUUAGGGAGCCAGGAGUGACAAUAUUAGGACAAGACGGUGGCGAUAACACUUGCUACUAGCUUAGUUAGCAUGGUGCGUUUACAGCUAUGGUUCUGUGAUAAUAGUAAUGCUAAUGCUAAUUUUCUUGAGCAAAACACAGGCUUAAAAACAAAAUGUACUUUCCGGAAAAACUGAGCACUCGACUCUGUAGAGAGUCUUUUAGUACAUCCAAACACUGAGCAAGACUUUUUAGGCCACAUUAAACGUUGCAAUUAACUUUCAUGACCUAAAAACACACUGUAACUGUGGAUUCCCACCAAAAGCUUCAUGAGCGUCAUAAGCAGCCGGCAGCCAUUCAUUUUCAGUGCACGCUGGCGACAAAGGGCGUCAGGGGCGUCGGCUGCAGCGAGCCACGCGAUGCCAGCGGCCAGAGCGUCAAGUACAAGUUGAGAGAAGCUGAACUUUAUGCAAAUGAGCAGCACAGCCGCCGAAGCAGCAGCCAAUUGCAGACCGGGUUUGCAGGACCCUGUGGAUCCAGACAGACCGAUGGCUGCAUUUCCUCAGCAAAUACGGCGAUGCAAUACAAAGGAGGCUUCCGAAAGUGCGAUCCAUGGUGAAAGAGGAAACCAAAGAUGUGCAUGCUAUACAUAUAGGCUACGCUUAUUUCCCUCCAGAUAAGCUCCCGCUAAUAAAAAACUCAUAAAGGCUAUACGACUGUGUUUUUUGGCGUUCAUUUAAUCGUGUAAUGAAAGUCAUGAAGAAUACAUAGUGAAGACAUAAAUGAUAGUAUAUUUGUUCAUCCUUGUAAAGUGCAUAGCCGGUCAGCCUUGAUGGACACAUCUGCAACGCCCGGCCCCGCCCCUUUGGCCUCUGCAAGCGCCUGCUAGAGCUGGCAGUGUGAGCGAUGUCAGAGCGACCAGAGCGCCCGCAGGCGACCAUGAAGCUCUUGGUGGGAAUCCCCAGUAAUAGUGACAGGUACGGUGAAGAGGUAAAAAAACAAUGUCCGAACUCAUUCUAAUGAGUCUUCACCUAUUUUUCUUAAUCCUUCCAACUAAAGCCAGAACAUAAUGGUGUAUUACCCAGGCAUGUGUGGACAUGACUUCAUAAUGGUGUAAUGUCUUGGGCAAGUCUGGACAUGCACAGUCAUGGUCUAACUUGUCCCUCCAAAAUGUUCAGGCCUAAACCUACUCUAUUUUUUUCACACAGUAUCACUGUAUUCCUAAUAAUGUUACCAGAUCAGAUGCGACACAUAUUCAAUACAUGACUAGAUAUGUGGAUGACUGCAUUAGUAUGUAUUUACUAGGUAUGUGGAUACGUACGUUGAUUAAUACAUUCCAUCACACUUUUAAUCAGCCAAGGGUUGUUUUACACAACAACGGCUACAUCUAUAUUUUGUGAAUCGGGCUACGCCAUGGAUACAUCACCUAACCAGUGCAGUUGCCGACAGCACCCACCUGUCACUCAAAGUGGCCACGCCCUUACAUAUGCACAACUUUAGGCCUUAGUAACAUUUAAGUGGAUGAGUUGUAAUAAAAUUCAUCCCCCGUCGUACAGUUGUCAUGCAUGGGGAAAUUAUUCCCUGGAAAUCCAGAGUUCUCGCGAGAGCACAAUUUGAAUUUGCUCAGCGAGUCACUCUGGCAUGAUGCUCAUUACCUAUGCCCAUGAAACCGAGCUGCACCAAUCACAUCGGUGUAUCUGAUAUAGGCGGGCCAGAGGCGAGCUAAACAGAUGAUGACAGCGCUGCGACGAUGAAGUCCGGAAUCAGUCAGUAAACACUGCAAGAUGGCUACGGAUGAACACCAGUUGUUUGAAACGGCUUUGGCUGCUAAAAUGAACGAGUUAGACUUGGCUUUUUCUCUAAAAGAGGCGCAGAAGACGGCGCUCGAAUCUUUCCUUAACAAGAAGGACGUUUUUGCUGUUUUGCCGACCGGAUACAGCAAGAGUCUAAUCUACCAGUUAGCUCCGCUGGUAGCGCUCUGGAUACGUCACCCCGUGUAUUGUUCUGAUUGGUCGUAGUGUUAUCCAAUUGCGUGCAGUGAUAUUUUCAAAUGCAUGCUUGGUGCCGCCCCUCGAGUUGGGCCAUUUGUAUUACUCAUAGCCAGACCCUAAAUCUUUCUAGAUUUGGGUCUGGAUUUCCAGGCUGGGGAAAUUAGCUAUAGAGACCAAAAACGUUUUUUGUACCAGGCUGUAAAUGUGUUUAUUUCUGUUGGAAUGGAGGUCUAUGGGGAUUGAAGCCAACCUCAAGUGGUCAUAAGCGGAACUGCAGUUUUGGCACUUCAUGUUGGCUUUGUUUUUUAGUCUCAAAGGCUGUUGCUUGGCUUCAGGCCUUAAAGCUGCAUUCAUUCAUUAUUUUUUGGUCACUUGGGGACAACAGAGCAAACUGUUAACACAUCAUUGACAUAUUAUCACCAUAUAAAGCUAUCUCAGCAUGUCAGCAAAUAGUCACAUCAAGCAGACACAGAGCAACAUUAGCAUUUAUUCUGAGUGUGUUUAUGGCAGAUGUAAGCCAGGUCUAACAUCUGGUGGGAAGUCUCAAACCAGAGCAGCACAGGCUAUUACUGCAGCAGACUAAUGGCCAUUGUUGUGGAAUAGUUUCUUUUCUCAAACUCAGCUUGUUUGUGUUUUAAAUCCCUCUGCGGGCAGUAAGUAACUCCUUAUCUCUUGUGCAAACACACUCCUCCACACCUGACUUGGGGCUUAGUUUGAGAUGAUACACUCCCAAAGAAAACACGUCCCCAUCAGGAUGUUUGUUCAAAAGCACCGACCAUACAGUCUGGCCUGCCGUGGGGUGCUAUUGUCAUGUCACGUCUCUAAACAUAAAUCCUGUCCAAUACUGGCCAAACUUUGCUGACCCCAGAUUGUAAAGGUUUGGUUUGGUUCUCACCUCCGUCUGUAGCUUUGAAUCUACAAUACAUGUUAAAAAAACUGGUAAUCCUGCAGUGAUAAAGUGGCUAUCGUAUGUCCUCUGUCAGUGCAGCCAGUGAAAGCCCAUUAAACUCAUCAUCCCAGUAGCAGUAUUAUCAAGCAGCAUAUUUAUAGUAAUAUCCAACAGCAGGAGCUGUCUCUAAAGAAAUGGUGUGAGUAUUAAAAUCUUUUCUGACAGCUCAUCAACAACAACCAGAAGUACUGACUGAAGUUAAAACACUUACAUGUUUGACUUGGCUCUAAUGUGUAUUAUUUUUUGAAUUUUUUGUAUUUUGUCAUGAUUGUAUCAAUGCAUCUAUAUACUUUUACGUUUAUAUACAGAGAUUUCCAGAACCAAAGUGUGUGACUCAGCUUGUUGCUGUGAAUGUUUUCUAGGCUUUAUUUGUACAGUAAAGAUUUGUUAGCAGAGUUUAUGUGAUGCACUUCUUUUAGGUUACACAAGCAAUGGGUUGUGGGAAGAAGCUCAAAUUAAGUAUUAGAAAUUGCCAGCAGGAAGUACGUCUUAUUAGCUAAUGUGUUUAAUUUAAAAUGUUGUUAGAUGAGACUAUAAAAUAAGGUUGGGUUUUCCUGGAUGACAACAUUACUACAUGUCACAUAGCAAUGUCUUGAAAUUAUUGAUUUUAUGAAAAUAGAUGGCAGUAACGUGGAUGCAAAAAUAAAUCUAACCUGUUGUAGUUGCUUUAUAAAUAAUUUCCCUCUACAAUUUCCAACAUUUGCUUGUUGGUCUACUGCUGUUCUUCCCAAAAUGGGGGACAUGACCAGAGGGAGUUUAAGGGAAAAAUUAAGUGGACUUUUUAAAUUGUUCAACACAGCUGAAACGGAAAACAUCACUACAACACUUCAUGAGACUGAGUUUAUCUGGCGCCCAGUAAUUUAAGAAUUCCCUCGAAAAAUGACCAUCUGUACAUCAUGUUGGAUUUGUGAAGAAAAAAUAGUUUUAUAUGUGUCUCCAAAGUGAACGAAGAAUCCAAAAACUGAGAAAAUUCUUGAUGGGUUGAAGUAAAUGGGGGCCAUGUUUAACAAUAGCAAAACAAAAUCAAAAGAUCCGUAGACAAACUCUCACACAACUCAUGUAGUAUUGCUGUUUGUUCUUGCAUGCCUCCAUAGUGAAUGAAGAAUCCAAAAAAAGUCUUGAUGAGUGAAGUCAUAGGGGUCCUCCUAACUAUAUCAGAAUAUCCAUUAACAUAUUCUCAUAAAAUUAAUGCAGUAUAAUCCAAGUCUCAUUUGUCCAGUCAUAUGCUCAGUACUUCCCAAACACAUGCAUUUUCACUAAAACCUUACUAUUUAAAACUAAACUGAAUUGCUCUUUUUUUUUUAUGAAAAUGCGUGUUUAGGAUAAAAGAGAUGUGGAUUAUACUGCACAAGUUGUAUAAGAGUUUGUAAACAGAUGUUUUGAUGUGGUUUUGCUGGUGUCCAACUUGGUCCCCAAUCAAUCAGUCAAUAUGUUCACUGUUUUAUGUGGAGACAUUCAGGAAAUACAAAGUUUUCUUCAUCAGUUCAAGGUAACACAACAUGACUGAUUUACAAAUGGUCAUUUUGUGAGUGAGGUAUUCCUUUAAGCAAUAAUGUAAUAAAAUGUCUUGAUUGGUAAUGUUUUAACAAUACUGAUAAUGUUAACCCUUUCAGGUGGAUCUCUUUAAAUAAAAUCUAUAAGGAAAUCAUUUUGACAGAUGUAAAAAUGUAAAUGUAUUUUUUAUUCUUCAAAAAAGUUUGCUUUCUUUCUCUGAAGUGUAAAGUGUGCAUGACACUAUUAGUAACAUGUUGGCUAACAUUUGACACUAGUGUCAUGUUUAGAAAUAUAAUAUCUAUGUAAAAUUUGAAAUUUCUAAUUUCUU